AUGACUGUGCAACUUCGAAUCGCGACAGACGCCGAUGCUGAAGCGAUUGCAACGCUGGCCGCAGACGCAUUUCACCCAGAUACGGACACCAUAAGCCGCCGAUUAUUUCCACAACAUCUGCAGCCAGCCGACUGUGCAGCGGGAGACACGCUGCGGCUAUGGAGACUGGCGCGAAAGUCCAUCAAGUUGACCGACAAGAGAAUCAAUUUGAUAGUUGCCGUCGAUGAUGAUUUGCGAGGUCAAAUUGUCGGGUUUGCCCUGUGGGAAAUUCCCGCACCAAAUGCAUCGGAUAGCGAGUUGCUCCCUUCAGCAGUAUCCUCGCCCGGCUUGGAUGAGGGCGCGUUUGAGGAGAUGCAAAGAAUACUCGUAAACCAUGUUCGCAAACACUUUGGGGACCAAGGAACAAGCAAUAUGUGGCAUCUGGACCAUCUUGCUGUUGAUCCGAGGCAUCAGCGUAGGGGUAUUGGCAAACUUCUGUUAAACUGGGGUAUAGAAAAGGCAAAACAUGACGGGCGGGAUUGCUACUUGGUCGCCACGCCGGCGGGAAAAUCACUCUAUGAGAGCGUUGGCUUUCGAACCUUGCAGGAACUGUCCAUUUUUGAUGUACCACAUUACUCCAUGAUACUCAAGUCAGACCCUGAUGAAACAAUUUAG